CUGGGAAGGAAUGCGAAACGGGGUUUAGAAUUGGCACUGCCACGAGGAAAACGGGGAGGUGCGACAUUUUCUAGGCUACGUGGAGACCCGCUCUUUCUUCCCUUCAAAGCAAUUGCUGUGCCGAGGCAUCCCCGCCAUCUGUGCUCCCUGUGGUGGCUGAAGUUCUGCUCCAGAUAAAUACAAACCCCAAGUGUGUUCCGUUUACAGCGAUAUAAGCCAGAGAAAAAGAGAAAAUCUUCCCAAUUGAGAAGCUGGAACCAAAAAUGAUGGUUCAGUAGAGACAGACAGGAAGAAGAGGAGACAGAAUGGAACAACAUAUUGUGAAGGUGUUCGCCUCCCGACCCACCGCCCACCACGGCCCUCACCUGUGUGUUGCGGUGCUUCCCCUGUGAGCCGACCUGGGCUGGCAGUCCCUUCUUGCACCGCCCGCCAACCCCGCCCAUGGUCAGAAUGACGCGCUCCAAGACCUUCCAGGCGUAUCUGCCGAGCUGCCACCGAACCUACAGCUGCAUCCACUGCCGAGCUCACCUGGCCAACCACGACGAGCUCAUCUCGAAGUCGUUCCAGGGCAGCCAGGGCAGAGCCUACCUGUUCAACUCAGUGGUGAACGUCGGGUGUGGCCCUGCAGAGGAGAGAGUUUUGCUCACAGGCCUGCAUGCUGUAGCAGAUAUCUACUGUGAGAACUGCAAGACGACCCUGGGCUGGAAAUACGAACAUGCCUUUGAGAGCAGUCAGAAGUAUAAAGAAGGCAAGUUCAUCAUUGAGCUGGCCCACAUGAUCAAGGACAACGGCUGGGACUGAGGGACGAGCAGCCAGGACACGAUCGCAGCGGUGGAGGGGAAGGGGGUACUGGGUGGCUGGAUGGAUGGAUGGAUGGAUGGAUGGAUGGACAAAUGGACAAGAGGAGGGGGUGGGGGCAGGACGGGUCCUGUGUGGUGGGUGAGUGUGUGACUCUGGUUUGGCUGAUUUACCAUUAACUUCUGUAACUCUGCCCAUCCCUCCCUACCACACCUCUUGAUGUACACACACACAAACAAACACACAGACACAUCAAGGUCCCAGACAUCCCAGCUUGACAGAGAGACAGACUAGGCAGGCUUGUACGCAGCUAGCAGGACUAGGUGACUGGCCAGCAAUACAAUUCAAAUCUCAUUCACAAGGUUUUUUUUUUUCUCUCAAAAAAAUCGCUCUUAAAAAGGUGAUAACACUCCCCUCUAUGCCUGCUUGGAGACAUCUUCAUUGUGUGAAGUAUUCUACCAUGUCUAACAAUAAUGCUAAAAACCAAUUGUUAAGGGGUAAUUCAAUGGAAAUUUAGCCAGAAGGAGGCCAGUUGGCCCAGCCUGACGGGGUUCCUUGGCCUUGGUUGAAGAGCUGACGGACAUUCACUCUGUCCGCAGCGUGAAUGAGAUGACCUAAGAUGAUUAUAGCAAAUCCAGCUGAUCGGGGCCAUGCCAGCUGGGCCAGUGAUGAGGCCUGGCGCUGAGGCUUGGCACGGAGGCCUGAGCACAUGGGCGAUGGGUUGUGGCAGGGGGGUGGGCCACUCACUCAGCACGGUGAGGAGGGGAAGAUCCUGAUCUAGUUAUGCAGAGGCUUUGAAGGCUUCUGGCUGGGAUCCACUCCAUGUCCAGUGAUGCAGUUCCGGAUGUGCAGGGUGGGCGGACAGUGAAAGAGAUACAGACAGCUACCAGAUUGUCCCAAAACCUCGCAGGAAUUUGCCCUUGCAGCAACAGAGCAGCUCUACUGGGUUUUAUUCAUCCUUCGAUAGUCGUGUAAAGGGAUCUACUGAUCCUCCCCGUUUAUGUCUGGUGUCGGCGGACGCAUUGCUGCAUCCACCUUUGUUAUUUCGCCAGAUAGAAUUAUACAAAAUAACCGUGUCUCAGGUGAGCGACUAUGGCUGGGAUUCUCAGAGGUUUGUGAGCACUGUGAGCAUCUCUCCGCUGUUGUAGGUCAAUGAGCAAAGGUAAUGAGGCUCUGUGGGCUUCGGGGGACAGCUAGUGAUCUCUCAGAUACAAACACAGAUCCUGCUAUCAUGCAAAUAACAGGCCUCCACAUAGUUUGAUUUGAAUAAACAGAUGGUCAAGGCAUGACUUGUUUCAUGGGCCAAGGGAAAAUGCACAUACUUAUAAAAAAUGAACACAAAAAGUAAGUUAUUACUUUUACUGAAGUUACAAGGUACAUACAUGACCACACAGGUGUAUACUGUAGACGCACAUGUAUAAAAGGUAAUACCUAUCACUUUCUUUCAGUCUGGGAUGACUGCUCUUUAACUGCUGUUACACUGAUCUUCACUAACUGGCCGUGACAAAACAUAACAAACCUACUGGGCAAUGCACUAGAUAGACCUAUUUACUUAUUCUUUUGUUCCUUAAUGCACCAACACAUUAUCUUCUUAGGUUUUGACCCAGUUUUAAUUCAUUUUUCUUUUUCUUAUUUUUCUCACCUCAGUUAACUCACUAAAUAUUCCGCAUUUAUCAUGGGCCUUUGAGUUAUGAUACCUGGGUAAUAUUUGAGGAAACAUUAAUGGGAAGCAUUGCUCAGGUACUUUGAUGCUAACUUUUCUUUGCUAAGGCCAGGAUCCUAUGUAAUGUGCUGGAAGUGCUAUUCUCUGAUGGAAACGUACUUUUCAAAUGAGAGAAUCCAUUACAGCCGCCUCCAUCCUGUGGAAAUGCAACGUCAAUGCAUGCAUGAUCUAAAACUAACGUUUUCUGACCAGUUUUUUGCUCGGUCCUCAUCAUGUUCUUGUGAAAAAAAAAAAACAACAACAUUUUGUGUGUAUUAGAGUUGCACUGAAACAUUGUGCUGUAAUACAGCAUCUGAUCAGUUACAUCCCAGUCCAUUUGAGCUAUCGGAUCCCUCUGCAAUGGCACAAAAGCACUACAGAUGAAAUUUGAUCCUGGUUUAGAAAAGUAAAAUUAGGUGCCCUGUCACAAAUACUUUCCUGUUAUUGCAAACAUUGCUCUAGAAGUUGCCCUGUGUAUGGUGAGCCCUGUUCAAAACUCAAACUUAAAAAGAUAACUCUCCAGUAACACUCAGCAGCUGAAUGCUCAGUCGGAGGCUGUGACAUUAAACCCAGCACAACCAAAGAACCCACCUAUCUAUAAUAAGUUCACCAAACAAAAGAUCUCAUUUUGCUUGGGCAAAGUGUUGCAAAACAAUGGGGUGUGCGUAUACCCGAAAGCCAAGGUUGUGGAUAGCCUUUCUCUGUGAUAUAUAUAAUGCGUUAUGAUUUUGUAAACAAAAGAUCUUAAUAUAUGAAUAUAUUCUAUUUACUGUAUUCACCAUGAGGAUUACCAUUAAUGUCAACCUCUGUGUUACAGACUGUAAAUAGUGUUAAUGUAUUGUGUUUUAUCUAUGAUCCAUACGAUGAUGAAUGAAUAUGAUUUAGGUCAUGUCACGCUUUCUCUCUGGUACCCCACAUUGGCUGUACGAUACUACUUUUUUACUGAAAAUGUUUCAAUUUUAAUGUCUUUUGUAAAGGAGGAUGCUGAUGUUGACUAUAUAUCAUUGGAUCUUCAUCUAAUAAAAAGCACCUUGAUAUCUGUAUGGA